UGGGCCGGCCCCGCCGAUCCCGACCUAGCGAGCAGGACAGCAGGACCGCCCAGGCUGCCGAGGGGUCGGGGGCUGGAAGGGCAGAGCCGCAAGAUGGCCGGUAAGACCAAGGCCAGCGAGGCCCUGAGGGUGGUGGCCCGGUGCCGCCCCCUCAGCAGGAAGGAGGAGGCUGCCGGUCACGAGCAGAUCCUGACCAUGGACGUGAAACUGGGCCAGGUGACCCUGCGGAACCCCCGCGCUGCCCCCGGGGAGCUGCCCAAGACCUUCACCUUUGACGCCGUGUACGAUGCCAGCUCCAAGCAGGCAGACCUGUACGAUGAAACCGUGAGGCCCCUGAUAGACUCCGUGCUUCAGGGCUUCAACGGCACGGUGUUUGCCUACGGCCAGACGGGCACUGGGAAGACCUACACCAUGCAGGGGACCUGGGUGGAGCCCGAGCUGCGCGGGGUCAUCCCCAACGCCUUUGAGCACAUCUUCACCCACAUCUCGCGCUCCCAGAACCAGCAGUACCUGGUCCGGGCCUCCUACUUGGAAAUCUACCAGGAGGAGAUCCGAGACCUGCUCUCCAAGGAGCCGGGCAAGAGGCUGGAGCUCAAGGAGAACCCCGAGACGGGCGUCUACAUCAAGGACCUCUCCUCCUUCGUCACCAAGAAUGUCAAGGAGAUCGAGCACGUGAUGAACCUGGGGAACCAGGCCCGGGCGGUCGGCAGCACCCACAUGAACGAGGUCAGCUCCCGCUCCCACGCCAUCUUCGUCAUCACCGUGGAGUGCAGCGAGCGAGGCUCUGAUGGCCAGGACCACAUCCGGGUGGGCAAGCUCAACCUGGUGGACCUGGCUGGCAGCGAGAGACAGAACAAGGUGGGCCCCAACACGGCUGGGGGGACAGCCACACCGUCCACGGGUGGCGGCGGCGGCGGCGGCGGCGGAGGCGGCGGUGGCGGCAGUGGCGGUAGUGGCGAGAGGCCUAAGGAAGCCUCCAAAAUCAACCUCUCGCUGUCCGCCCUGGGCAACGUGAUCGCCGCUCUGGCAGGCAGCAGGAGCACCCACAUCCCCUACCGGGACUCCAAGCUGACGCGGCUGCUCCAGGACUCUCUAGGGGGGAAUGCCAAGACCAUCAUGGUGGCCACACUGGGGCCGGCCUCUCACAGCUACGAUGAGAGUCUCUCCACCCUGCGCUUCGCCAACCGAGCCAAGAACAUCAAGAACAAGCCCCGGGUGAACGAGGACCCCAAGGACACGCUGCUGCGGGAAUUCCAAGAGGAGAUCGCCCGCCUGAAGGCCCAGCUGGAGAAGAGGGGGAUGCUGGGGAAGCGGCCCCGGAGGAAGAGCAGCCGCAGGAAGAAGGCCGUGUCAGCCCCCGCGGGGUACCCCGAGGGGCCGGUGAUCGAGGCCUGGGUGGCUGAAGAGGAGGAUGACAACAACAACCGCCGCCCGCCCCAGCCCAUCCUGGAGUCAGCCUUGGAGAAGAGCAUGGAGAAUUACCUGCAGGAGCAGAAGGAGCGGCUGGAGGAGGAGAAGGCGGCCAUCCAGGAUGACCGCAGCCUGGUGAGCGAGGAGAAACAGAAGCUUCUGGAGGAGAAGGAGAAAAUGCUAGAGGAUCUGAGGCGGGAGCAACAGGCCACAGAGCUGCUCGCGGCCAAGUACAAGGUAAGGCCCAGAGCAGCUGGGGCCCUCGAGGGGCCCCACAGGGAUCCGGGCGGCAGGCUCUUCUUUGUGAGUCUGUGGCCUGGCCUGGAGUGA